ACAGCCUCGCCCUCCCAAGGAGUCCCUUUCUUUACAAUCGGGCAAACCACACCCAGCUCCGUAGAUUCACUGGGUGAGGGGCUCUCUGCCGUUAUCCUGAUUAUUCUCCGAACAGUGAGACUGCAGGUCCGGCGCUCAUCAUGCCACCUACUUUUAGAUCAUCUCGCUCUGGUCGCCAAUUCGGCGAUGGCGCCAACCGUAACAGAAGUCAAUUUGAUCACGAUGUGUUCGAGGGGCUCCCUGUACGACGCUGGACACGUCAAACUCAGACUGUCUCGCAGGUCCCCAAGGCCGAAGGCACUGAAGCUGUCGUGCAGGGCCCCGGGGGGAAGUCAACCAUUCCAGAACACCCAAUGCCUCGAGACAGUCACCUGUUGAGCCCCAUGAGCAGAGCCCUCCUGCGAGCUGCGCGAGCCGGAUGCAUCUACAUCCGCCAAGCGUCAAAAGACUCCGAAGACGAAGAGAAAGAAGCGACCGACAAAGAGGAACAGCCACUUAUCCAAAGCACCGAACGCAGCUUCGUCACGCGCAAGUGGUCCGCCGUACCGAGACACCUCGAAUCAUCAGAAGUUGAAUUCCUCGCCAAGCGACGACCCGGUUUACCCACUCUAUACGGUGCUGCUGCUGCGACUACAGAUGGAAAUAAUGCUCCUGCGCCGAUGAGGAGGACUAAGUUCAAGAAGGUCGACCCGGCGACCGGAAAUAUCUCGAUUUACGAAGCCUGGGUACCGGAGGGACACAAGAUUGAGGGAGAGAUCACCGAUGGAGCUCAAGUUGUAGCUGAAAACACCGCGGUCACUGUAACCCCUGAGGCGCCAGCGCCCGGUACGGUCAUUGAGGGAGUUGGAGUUGUCAACGCUGAGGGUGUGGUGGUCGCGGAUACAAACUCUGCAGCUGUAAUGACUCCUCCGAAAAGACGGCCUCCUCCCCCAAAGCGCAAGGCGAAGGGCUUUGGAAAGGGGCGGAGAAAGAAGGUCAUGUUUGCUCCAGGCGAUGGCGCGGAUGCCGCCACGGUUCAUGGUGCCAAUGGCUCCGGGGUGGAUGGCGCUUCAGAUUAUGCCAAGGAUGGGGAUGCGUCACGCAUGUCUGGUGAUCAGAAUGGUCAGGAAGAGGACGACGAGGAGGGUGAGGAAGGCGAUGAGAGCGACGAGGGUGAUGAGUCUAUGCUAGAGGCAAAGACUCCGGAAACUCCAGUUCCGCGUCCCAGCACUGAGCCGCCGACCGACUCGACGCCUGUGCCUGCGCCAGCUCCGGUACAUGAACCAGCUGCCACAGCUGGUUCUACAGAUGCGGCGUUGCCAACCCCUGAGGUUCCUUCAGCUGCUCCAGAAUCGGCGUCAGCACCGGCUCCAGCACCGGCUUCCGAGACAGCUCCAGAGCCAGCUGCAGAGCCAGCUGUCCCGCCCACUCAGCCAGAACAACCAUCAGUCGCUGCUGAACCUCCUUCAGAACCUGCUACUGUCCAGCCCACAUCAGAGGCUCCCGAGCCGACGAGGGAAGCAUCAGGACAUAAGGAAGAUGUGGAGAUGACCGAAGCUUACCCCUCAAUACCUGGUCUUGAGGAUAGUGUAUCUGCAACCCCUCAGUCAGUUCCAGCUACUCAGCAACAGGAGCCAGCUCCUAGCGCUGAAGAUGUUCCGGCGCCCCAGGAAGCCCCUCAACCUCCCGUUGCAGAAACAUUGCCAGCUGCACCAGCUUCAGAGAAGCCUGUCGAUAAACAGCCUGCAGAUGAACCAGCACAGCCAGAUAAGACAAGUACUGAUACUGUUCAGCCGCCGACACAGGAUGAUCAGAAUAUGGAUACGACCAUGGAGGAUGUUGAUCCUCUCCCAGAAACCGCACAGGAUCAAGCACCAGUGGAACGACCGGCGGAACAGCCGGUCGAGCAACCAGCUACCGAGCAAGCAGCUCCUCAGCCCAGUGAGGCUGUUGCAGAGAGCAAGGAAGUCGAUCUGCUCGGUACGUUGGAAGCGAGUCUGAGCCAGCCGCCGGGCGAAGAACAGGGUGACAACCAAGGGACGGACAUCGAGAUGGAAAUGGAUGCGCCUCCCCACGUUGAACAGCCUCCUGCUACGGAAACAGCUGAGCCUGUUGCGGAUAAGGCCGGGGAGCCUGAGAUGCAGCCGGCAGAGGAUACCACUGUAGCUGCUCAAACUGCCGUUGAACCUGCUGCAGCGGAACAAGGCGAACGGCCCGCUGAAGCACUCAACGAACAGCAUACCGAGCAAGCAUUCGAAGCUCCUGCACCGCAGCCCAUCGAACAACUUCCCGAGGCUCCAGCGGAGAAAAUGGAAGAGCCGGCAGGCGAGCCGGUCGUGGAACAGCCUGUGGAGUCGGAAUCACCUGCUCAGCCCGAGCAACCCAAGCAGGAGGAGCCUGUACAGGCAGUUGAACCUGCGCAAUCAGAGCAACCGGUGCAACCAGAACCACCCGUUGAAGAGGCUCAGCCUGUGCAGGUUGAACCUCUAGAGCCAGUGGAGUCUGUGCAGCCAGAGCAACCCGAGCAACCAGAAGAACCUCAGCAACCCGAGCAGCCUGUGCAACCAGUGCAGCAAGAUCAACCCCAAGAGCAAGCCCCAUCACAAGCUCUUAAGGAAGUUCCAACGGAGACUGCAGAGCCAACGCCCCAGACUGCAACCGAGCAGCAGCCCGAGCAGACUGAACAGACACAGACCGAGCAGGCGCCUGCUGAGCAACCAUCAGAGCCCCAGGCAGAUGAACCACCACAAGCACCAGAGGAGCACGUUCCCGUUAACGCAGAGGAACCAGCCGCUCCCAAGGUAGAAGAAACAACCCCCGUUCCACCUCAACAGCCAGAGGAAACCCAGCCACCCAAAGAACCUACGCCGCCCGCAUUAUCAGCUCCAGAGGAACCACAGCAACAGCCCGAGCCAGUACCGGCCCCCCAGCCUCCAGCUGAAGCACCCCCGGCCGAAGAAAACCCAACCGAAGAAGCUCUAGCUGAAGCUGAAUCCAAGGAGCCUGAACCUAUCCCCGAACCCGAACCCACCCCAGCCGAAGCCCCCUCUGCACCUCCCAUCCCCGAGCCUAAGCCUGAGCCCACCCCCGAGCAACCAGCCGAGGAAACCACCAAACCCGAGGAGGCAAAGCAGCAGGAGCAACAAGAACACCAACAAGCAGCUGAUACCAACACAGCAUGAGAUAUUUCAUGUCCAUAUCGAAUAAAACAUACAGGCGGAAACCGCUUAGAAAGACAACUUGUCUUUUCUGUUUCAAUUCUCCUUCUUUCCUUAGAACCAGAAAUUCUUCUUUAAACCUACAGUUCAGGCGCAGCUAGGAAACGGUGCUAUGGCGUGUUAUCACAGGGACUCGGAAUGAAUAUUUCUUCUUUUUCAUUUAUCAUGACUGUGGAACUAUCAUACACGGUAUAUGUAUGGCUUGUGCCAUUCGGCUUAUCAUUUUUAUAUUCCUUUUUUUUCUUAUUUCUCUGUUAUUGUAUCAUAGGGAAGUAUAUUUUUCUUCAUUCCUCCUUAUAAAACCAUUUCUUUCACGUCUCUUGGUUGUUUAGUGUAGCGUAUUAGUAUUUUACACAUGGCAC